ACAAAAUCUUGAUUAUUCAAAACAUUUUCCGUUUUAUAAAACGAAUUUACGCAGUAUUCGCAAUUCAAUGUAAUAAGUUUACACAUUGAAGUUUUGUCGAUUAGGUAGAAGUAAUUGGAGUGUUACUUAUAUUUUACAUCGAAAAAACGUCAUUUAAGAGAAAGUAACUUUGUCCAACAUGGCGGAAUUGAAUUCUAAUGGACCAGUGGUUGAAGGCACCUUGUCUAUGGAAAUUCCCCAUCCUAACGCUGAAGUUAUACGGGGACAAAUUUUUGAAGUGGGUCCGAGAUAUACAAAGCUGGCAUAUAUUGGGGAAGGAGCUUAUGGCAUGGUUGUCCAGGCCAAUUGAGAUUUAUGUAUCUCGAACUUUUGCAUUAGCAACUUCACUCUACCCAUGGUCUGCCGAUGAUACCAUAACUAACCAAAGAGUUGCAAUAAAAAAAAUUUCCCCGUUUGAGCACCAAACUUAUUGUCAAAGGACGCUUAGAGAAAUAACCAUAUUGACAAGGUUUAAGCACGAAAACAUUAUUGAUAUCCGAGACAUUCUUCGAGUUGAUAGUAUAGAUCAAAUGAGAGAUGUUUAUAUUGUACAGUGUUUGAUGGAGACAGAUUUGUAUAAACUACUGAAAACACAGAGGCUGAGUAAUGAUCAUAUCUGUUAUUUCUUGUAUCAGAUAUUGCGAGGAGUGAAGUACAUACAUUCAGCAAACGUCUUGCAUCGGGACCUAAAACCAAGUAAUCUACUGCUUAACAAGACUUGCGAUUUAAAAAUAUGCGACUUUGGACUAGCUCGAAUUGCAGACCCCGAACACGACCAUACAGGAUUUUUAACAGAAUACGUUGCUACUCGAUGGUAUAGGGCACCUGAAAUUAUGUUGAACUCAAAGGGAUACACAAAAUCAAUUGAUAUCUGGUCCGUUGGGUGCAUUCUGGCUGAAAUGUUGAGCAAUCGACCAAUAUUCCCUGGAAAACAUUAUCUUGAUCAACUUAACCAUAUUCUUGGCGUAUUGGGGUCACCAUCACGUGAAGACUUGGAGUGUAUUAUAAAUGAAAAGGCACGGAACUAUUUGGAAUCUUUGCCUUUUAAGCCAAAUGUACCCUGGACGAGACUUUUUCCAACUGCUGACGCGUUGGCUUUAGACCUUCUAGGAAAAAUGUUAACCUUUAACCCGCACAAACGGAUUCCCGUCGAGGAAGCUCUGGCACAUCCCUAUUUGGAGCAGUAUUAUGACCCUGGAGAUGAGCCUGUUGCUGAAGUUCCGUUUCGGAUAAAUAUGGAAAAUCUUAUGUGUUAAGUUAAAUACAUUUAUUCCGUUAACUUAUUGCUAAGGGUCUUUUUCUCAUAUUCAUUAAAAUUUUAAAGAUAAUAAAACGAAUUGGAUCAUAUAAUAACAAAUUGGUUUGAUAAACUACUACUUUCCACAAUAAGAAAUUAACUGAAGGUAAUUUAUUACGUGUUAUGAAACUGACUUCCAUGACAGCAAAUAAUUAUUUUUCACGCCGAAUUAUUCAAAUACAACAUUAGUAUGGACAUCAGAAACUGGCCCUUUGUGUUUAAUCUAAAUAUUU